CUUUUCCGCCCAUGGAUAGCAUGCGGAGAGACCGGGCGACCCCUUGUUCCACUAGUGGUCGUACCAUUCUUGAAACACGUGUUCGCGUCGCUCCGCGGACGCUUUGGCAAGCACAUCAUCAGGCUACCUAUCACUGCUUCCUUGUUACGGUCAGUGCAUAUUUCCGGCGUGACCUAGCGGGUCCUCAAAUUAGGGCAACUCCGCUUCAGAGUUUUCCAGCACCAAUAAGAAAUGUAUAAAGUUGCGGCUUUAGGCCGCCAGGGCAGGUUUAAGUACCAACUUCCUUCUUGAAUUUGUUGUUUCAAGUUUCGGUCUUCUUCUCAUUCCCUGCUAUCGCCACAACCAUGGCUUCGAAAAAUUUCCGGGUCAUUAUUGCUGGCGGCAGUAUAGCUGGCCUUGCUUUGGCCAACAUGUUGGAGAGGCUUGACAUUGAUUACGUCGUCCUUGAAGCGUAUCCAGAGAUCUCACCACAAGUAGGCGCUAGCAUCGCCCUUCUCCCGAAUUCGUUGCGCGUCCUUGACCAACUUGGUUGCUACCCGGCACUCAGAGCCCUUAUUGAAAAUCCUACCAGCCAUGCUCAUGUCCGCAAUCCUGAUGGGAAAGAGCUCUUGAAGCUUUCCGGCUUGUCUGAUCAUCUCAUUAAACGACAUGGCUAUCCACUCAUUUUUUGUGACCGGCGAAUGGUUAUCCAAGCGCUGUACGACAAUUUGAAAGACAAAAGCAAGAUCAAAGUCGGUAAGCGUGUAGCGGAAGUCUUGCAGGUGGAGGGCGAAGUGAAAGUACGUACGGGCGACGAUGAGACCGUCGUUGGUGAUAUCUUAGUGGGCGCCGAUGGGAUCCAUAGCAACGUCAGGAAAGAGAUGUGGCGUAUCGCCAAUUCGAUGGAGCCAGGAUACAUCCCCACCUCAGAAGAAUCGGCCAUGCCUUGUGAUUACAAGUGCAUAUUCGGAAUUUCGAUGAUGAAAGGCUUCCCGGCUGACAACACCCAUACUAUCCUCGGCAAGCACACCUCAUACCUCGUCUUUUCCGGACCCGGAGAUCGCGUCUACUGGUUCUAUUUCGAAAACAUUGGCGGGACACGUUACGGCAAGGACAUUCCCCGCUACUCCAAAAAGGAUGAGGAAGAGCUUGUGAAAAAACAUUUGGACGAUCCCAUUAUCGAUGAACUCAAAUUCCGCGACUUAUAUAAUACCCGUAUUAUAUCCAUUCUCACCGAUCUGCCUGAGUAUUCUUUCAAAAAAUGGCAUUUCAAGAGGAUCGUCACGAUCGGAGAUUCUGCACACAAGUUUCAGCCAAUUUCCGGACAAGGCGGCAACAACGCCGUUGAGACUGCAGCUGCUGUUGUAAAUGGUCUGGUGAAUGGGAUGAAGAACAACCCUGGAGGCCUUUCCGACGCCGAAAUCCACUCCAUCUUCAGCCAUGCGCAAGAGCUGCGUCAGGACCGGGUCUGGUCACUUAUACGAGCAUCGCAUGCCCAGCAGCGCCUUGAGGCCAUGGAGACACCGUUGCUGGGACUGAUGGCUACUUACCUAGUGCCACGGCUUCAUCUGGAAAGCAUUAUUGACCGUUUCGUAACGGGAUCCGUACCCGCUACCCGUUUGACGGUGCUGCCCAUGCGGAAGUUCCCUCAUUUCGUCCCCUAUGAGGAUGAGUUGCCGAGCGAGCCUCUGGGCUGUACAUGGUUAUCUCGGUCAACCGUUGUGGCAGCGCUUGGAACGGUUCUAUACAUCGCACAGCAAGCACUGAAGAUUUCUUCGGAUCUCGACUCCAUGUCUUUCGCCGGCUCUCCCGUCAAACAGUAUUAUACCGGCUUCGAGAAGCUUGAUUCUUUGCUGUCUCUUCUCGUCGCUGUAUUCUCCGAGGGCGUCGCUGGAACUGACCCAAACGUAAGAUUGCAGUGCACGUACUUCAUGGCGAUGAUUAUGCCGGCAGCUUUGAUCUGGACCAUUGAGGCUUACCGUAUUGGCAAUAUCUACAGCCUGGUUUCUUGGCCUGUUAUUUUCAGCGUAGCUUCGCAGCUCUUGGGCAUUGGCAAGGUCGCACCUUUGUACUUCCUUGCUAGUGUUUACACGACUAGCACACCUAUCUACACGCGCACGACUGGCAGACCGCUUCCCUCUUCCGUUGCCAAAGCCAUCACCCCAGCCCUCUGUCUUGGCUACGUCAUUCCUACCGUCCUUAUGUUCACACCAAUCGCCGAUACCAGUUUGUGGCAGACCAUGGUCGCGGCCUGGCAGCCGUAUCCUGUCUACGUUGCGCUGCUCACAUACGUCAUUGCAUGGGCGGUCAGACGCAUUGAAGGACACCCGCCGCUCGAGACUGAGAUGUACGCACAGAAGGACCUCACGCCACUUCAGGUCAGCUACGGCUUCGCUUUCUUCGCCACGGCGACUGUGCACAUCUGCACCUUUUUCCAUAUCUACGCGACCCCAGGAGUUUCACUUGCAAGCGUUUUCGCCAACCUACCGAACCCGUUUGGCCCUUCGGUCGCCGCUCUUACCAGUACAUCCGAGGCACUCUCUCUCUUCUUCAAGUUCGACCUGCUACUGUACGUUGCCGCGGUCAUGAUCUGGUGUCUGUACAGUGUGUAUGAGCUGCGCAGGCUCGGCUACGUCUUGACCGGACAGGCUACUAAAGCUGCAUUGGCCGUGCUCGCUGGCCAAGUUCUUGUUGGACCUGCGGCAACAUACGUGGGUCUUUGGUCCUGGAGGGAAAAUGUUAUCGCGGGUCAAGUUCGGGAGUAAUCGAGCGGUUUGCUCGGAACUGCUUCAGUGACUUUCUGAAGACGUCAGCGUUCAAAUAGCAACAGUGGGCGAAGAAGGCGACAAAAGUCGUACAAAAAUUAGACCAAGCGAAGAUCCCCCCCUUGUAGAACCUGUUCGUUGUACGGCAUAUGCAGGGGUGAGAAGAUCACAUUGCUGCCUAUCAGCAUGUUUCACGACCAGGCACAUGCGUCCAUAAGGAAAGGUCAGUGUUGUAAUAUAAAGCGCAUUAGGAUAAUUUCAACAACUACUUUUGUUUUCCACAAGC